AUUCGUAGCUGUUUCUCCUGCAUAGUUAAAAGAAAAUUACGAGAUAAAUAGGAAAAUUUUCUAUAGUUCAUAUAUUGUUAAUUUUAAACACUUUUAGCCUUAACUCCAGCGAUGGCAACCAAAUCAUUAGUAAUAACACUGAUGCUUCCACACAGAACAUUAGCAGUAUCAUCAAUUUAUAGUAUGACAAAACGGAACUUCCAUAUAGGAACAGCCAAUAACUUUGAGUUUACAAAGAUAUCACAGCUAAAGAAACGGAGAGAGUUUUAUGGCAAACAGUUGGUUGGCUAUUCCAUGGAACAAAUGUACUCCGUUGUCUCUGACGUAGAGAAUUAUUAUAAGUUCGUGCCAUUCUGUAAAAAGUCGAUGGUUUAUAACAAAAAGGACGGAUUCUUAACGGCAGAUUUAGUGAUUGGAUUUCCUCCAUUAUCAGAAAAAUAUACCUCAAAUGUGACGAUGGCAAAACCUGGUUUAGUCAGAGCUGAAUGCAACGAUGGACGACUUUUUAGCUACCUUUUAAAUAAUUGGAAGUUUUCGCCUGGUGUCAAAGAUAUCCAGCAAUCAUGUGUCAUUGAGUUUGAAGUAUCGUUUCAAUUUAAGUCAGCCAUUCAUUCACAAUUAGCAAACUUCUUUUUCGAUCAACUUGUGAUUCAAAUGGAAAGAGCUUUCGUUGAUGAAGCUGAGGAAAGGUACGGAGCACCAGCUAUAAAAUCUCAUGUUCUUGAGGCUACUAGUCGUGUUGUUUAAAUGUUGACCAUAUAAAUCGUUAAAUAAAUUAUUAUGUACAUAAAUAAUAAAUUCUCUAAGUGC